CACGUUCCCUCUGUGGAGAAAUUCCGUGUGAUUGUAUGAAGUCUGUUUGUCACGUCGCUGCCGAAUUUAUGAAAGCCAGAGCAGCUCACGGCUCCGCCGCAGCUCGCGUCCUUUCAGCCGACAUGUGUAAAGAGCUCAAGACCAAAGUGCUGCGUCUGCUGCCCCCGACCUCCAACGGACCGACCCUCCAUCAGGAGCCGGGCCGAGCAGAUGAGGCUGAGAUCCUGAGCUGCACAGUGAAGGCUCUGAAGGAGGGUCACAUCGUCGCCGUCCCCACAGACACCAUCUACGGCCUGGCCUGCCUCGCCCAAAACUCCGACGCCGUCAGAAAAACCUACGAGAUAAAAGGACGGAACGAGCAGAAACCGCUCGCCAUUUGUGUCGGCGAGAUCGACGACAUCCACAAGUACUGUAAGGUGAAGGUGAAGACGGAGCUGCUGGGAGACCUGCUGCCGGGUCCCGUCACUCUGGUGUUUGAAAGAUCCGAAGUCCUGAACGCAGACCUCAACCCCUUCACCACUCUUGUGGGCGUCCGGAUCCCGGACCAUGGCUUCAUGAGGCGCCUCUGCCAGAUGUGCAGAGAGCCGCUCGCGCUGACCAGCGCCAACAUCAGCUCACACAGCAGCACCGUGGAAGUACACGAGUUUCAAGAGCUCUGGCCCAAACUGGCCGUGGUGGUAGAUGGCGGACCAAUCGGAGACCAGAGCCGGCUGGGGUCAACAGUGGUCGACCUGUCGGUGUCUGGAAAGUACCGCAUCAUCAGACCUGGCUGUGCCCUUUCUUCUACAGUUGACGUGCUCGAGCGCAAAUAUGGACUGUCAGAGGACUCAGGGGGAGAAAAAUGACCUCUGAACUCUCGGCACUGCGACACACACGCUGAGACGCACAACCAGCUCCGACCCGGGGCGACGGGAGAAAAAGAUGAAUGUCGGCAAAGACUAGAAACUCAGGGAGAAGGCAAGUCUUAAACUGCAGCUGGGCGAAGCUUCUUUCUGAUCUGAAGCUUCUCGCGCUUUGGAUGUUCUGAUUUUUCUGUAAAUAUGUGUAUCUAUAUAAAUAUAGGUCACUUAUGUAGUUUAUAUAUAUUCACUCUAAAUUGAUGGUUUGAGGUGGAUUGGACACAUUGUAUGGCCUUCCAAAGGAUCUGAGGUCUGAAUAUUAAAGAAGAUCAUUUUUAUUUAAAACAAACUUUUUUUUUUUUAUGAAAUUGAAUUCUUCAAUAUUUAUUUUAUAGAAAAGCUUUAAGGCCAGGCCUAUAACUGUUAGCAACCACAGGUCUGUACCAAUGUUUUAUAUUGUCUAAAAUGUGUAGCAUUAAAAAAAUAAUGCAAAAAAACAAAGUGUAAAAGAGAUUAUAUCGGUUCGGUCCAACCACCCCUUACCUACACUAUUCAUUUUUUUAUAAUGCUGAUAUGAACAAACAUUUAAGGAUGCUGUAAAAUUUCAGAUGUGUUGGAAACGGUUCUUUUUCUACUUCCUCGGUGCCUGGUGUAAGAUUGUGAUAUGUAUGACCUCGUUUCAGCCUCAAUAAAAGUCCUUUU